GCGCGCACACGCACUAACAUCAGUUUAUAAUUAAGAUUCCAGUGAGAGUGGGAGGAGGAACACAUGCAUAAGAGCACAAUCCCACCACUUUCCCCGAAUCCUCCACAGUCCUCAUCGCUCUGAGACUGAGGUGGCACGAUAAGACCCAGAGCUCGAUUCCUGUCCGCGGUGGAACAACUUUUACGCAUGGUAAGCCAAGGUGCCACUCCAUCGCUGACAGCUGGACGGACGAAGUCCCCUGAACGCAUCACAGUCAUUGCAGAGCGGUCUUUCAGCUUAAUUGAGCGGUCUGCGGUUUCACGUUUGCCUUAGCCAUGUUUUCCAAGGCCACUGCCAACUUUGUCCGUCACAUUGACCAAAACGGAAGCCUCAUCCACGUGUCUCGAGUGAACAACUCAUGCAAACUGGUUCCCAUGGCGCUCGUUGUCAAGAGCAACCGCAUCUGGUUCUGGCAAAGGCCCAAGUACCAGCCGACAAAUUUCACCCUCAGCGACUUGCUGCUGGGCGACAGGGAGCUCAGUCCUGAGGUGUUUGAGACAGAGUUGGUGACCUACGAGGGGACGGUUGGAGACAAUAUCUGUGGGAAGCUGGAAACCAAGGUGGGCUCUGUCUGUGGGACAGUAGAGGGGCAGGGCACCUGCAAGCUCCAAUCAUGUUUUGGCAAGCUGAAGAAACAGGAACUGGAUGUGAAGAAACUGUUACAUGACUCCAGCAACAGGCUGGUGGACAUGCAGCACGUGCUGAUGCAGCAGCUGAAGAAGCAGGCCGAGGUUCUCGCCAUAGUGAAGGAGCGGAUCCUCACCACCGAAUCCUGCUCCAUCACCCAGUCGAAAAACGAGAAGUACAUCUUCCAGGCGGUGUUCGGUCUGGUGGGCAUGUUGGGGAGCUUUGUUAAGUGUGUGCAGGACAGCAGCCACGUUGAGAAGAACAGCAAUGUUCUUUUGAAGAUCCCCUCUGACACAGUAAUUGCGUACAGCAUCCUGGAACUACAGAUUAAGAAAAAUGGACACUACGAUAUAUGCCUGCAACCUGGCACAAUCGGAGGCUUUGAGGGAGACUCACCCGUUAUGUCCUGCCCAUCCUAUGAUCCCUUCACUGAUAAGGUGGAUGGCAGUGCCUGUCCUGUACCUGCCUCGUGUGCAUGGAAAAACGGAUCACAGGAGGUGGACCUGUCUCCACUGGCGGAGCUCCCCCAGUUAACUCGACAUGCCUUGUGCAAGAAGCUCCAAGAGACAAUGAAGGACAGAGCUGCUCUGUCAUAUCUGCAGUGUGUGCUGGAGGAGUUGUGCAGUGGUGAAACGCUCGAUACGGCCGAGCAAGAGGAGCUGCUGGAGAGUCAGGGAAAAUCAUUGUCUGGCAAAAUGGAGCAGCCCAACUCAGACAACCACUCAGAGUGCAGCCAUCCUGCCGAUGCUGCUCACCUGCAUGCAGCUCACCUGUUGGUCAGUGCUAUGGAAGAGUUGUCGGAUGAAACGCUGAGACUCCUGAGUGAGAGUCGUGCAGAUUUUCUCUGGGCCUUGGACAAACUGAUGCGCAGUGUGAGGGAGAGCAGCGGGCCUCUCUCCAUCCAGUGUCUUCCCGUCCCGCUGCAGGACAACCAAGCUUUCCACCUGGCCGAGCAGCUGCUCAGCUCCACCAACGUGACGCUGAAGAGAAACACUGACAGCCUGUGGACGGAGAGAGAAGACAAAGCGGGAGUCCUCCCUCUGCUCCUCUGCCUCAGCAUACAUGGAUUGUCCCUGCUGUUCAAUGGGCAGAAGUAGUGCCAUGUUUUUCUUUUUCUUGGACUAUAUUCUGCCCAUUUCUUUCUUUCUUUGUAAAGUUUAUUGACCCUAACCUCACUAUAGUUUAUUGCGUACCAUCUUUAUAUCAUUGCUGAUGCUGUUUUUAUUAAUAUUGCCGAAUAUUUGUUCGAGUAGCAUACAGAAAAUAUAUAUUUGUAUUACUUAAAGUAAGCGUUUACAUUGUUUUAUAUACACACAUAUAAUAUAAACAUGUUUUCUACUUGAUCAGGCUCUUGAGAUAAAUAAGACUUAUUAUUCUGUAUGAAUCCAGUUUAAUUGUUUUUAUUUGUCAAUCUUUUGUUCACAAUGUAAAUGUGUCUUAUUCAUCAAUAGGUUGAGAAAACCCAGUGAUCUUUGCAGCUAUUGGAUCAACUGAAAAUGAAAUUCUCAGUGAUUAAGCUUAAAGCGGUUCUGAUUUCUUUAGUCAAGCGUUACAUGUCAUAGAUUUCAAUAUUUUUUUCUAUUAACUACAAAGUCUGACAUUUGAUGCUUGCCAACGGUACACGAAAUUGACGCCCCACAUUUGGACGGUGUCAUGAAAGGUUUUGUUUUUUUUGAUGAGGCUGCAUAAUAUCGCCGCAACUGCUUAUUGUCAUCAUCAAUCAUUGUUACUGAGCUAAUUGCAUUUAAAAGAAAUUUUAUAUAAUUAAUAUUCCUUUAAAUACUGCCAUUGAAGGUUAAGAAGCUGUAAGCUAUUAUGCUUAAAGGAAGAACAUGUCAUGUAUUUGCACAGAGACAAUUAUUUUAUGAAUCUGCAGACCACUUUCUUUUGUCAUUUGAAAUUGUUAUUUAUUGUUGUUUGGGGGAAAAAAAGCUUUAUUUUAUCCCAUAUCAAUACAUUUUGAUAUUAGUAUAUUUUCUUGUAUUCUUUGCACUCAAGCUUUUGUCUGUGGCAUAACUAUCAAAGUUUAUCACUUUGUCGUAUGUAAAUGGAAAAUAAAAUAUAUAAAACAUUGAAA